AUGCAGCCCGUCGCAAUGAGGAGCGUUUUGGCUGCGCUUCUCUUCGGGAUGACUUCUGCAUCCAACCACACGCUGCGAUCCGGCGGUGCCGCGAGCCCCGUAGUUAUUCGGGGAAACAUGCUCUUCAGUGCCAGCGGCGAGCGCUUCUUCGCAAAGGGCAUUGCCUACAACCCGCGGAACGGCAACUAUGGGCAGGUACUUGGAAGUCAUAAGCCUGAGUGCAAGGCCGGAACCCCGAAGUUCCCGCCCCUGGCAUACUACGGCGACCCAACGGCGGACGAGAUGGCAGACCAGUUCUCCGAGUAUUUGCCGCUGAUCAAGAAACUUGGAGCUAACACCGUCCGCCUUUACAACAUCGACCCCGAGAAAUCGCACAGGAAGUUCAUGGAGCAAGCUGCCUCCUUGGGCAUCUACGUUCUGGUGCCGCUGACAAGAGGAGACUGGGGGUUCCUGCCAGCCCUUCCCAGCCCUCAGUGCUACUAUGCGGACCUUCCAGACUACGGCCACGUGGGCCUCAAUUUGCUGACUUCGGCGAAGCUCAUCGUGGACCAGUUCAGCCAGUAUGAGAACACCUUGAUGUUUGUCGUCGGGAACGAAAUUGAGCUACUGGACAAGGAAGGCAUGGCGGCAUACCCUUGUGUGAAAGCGCUCACGCGCGACAUCCAUCGAUACCAGAAGGAGAAGGGCUACAGGAGUGUUCCACUCAUCUACUCGGACAAGGACCAGGGAAACAAGGACCGCCUGCACAUCGCGAACUACCUGACCUGCGCAUUGGAAAGCCCCGACGAUGCAGUGGAUGCCUUCGGUCUCAACGCCUACUCCUGGUGCGAUCCGACCUACGGCAGCUUCCAGUACUCCCCGUACAAGUCGAUUGCAGAUGACUUCGCUUCCUUCUCGAAGCCAUUCCUUUUCACCGAGUUCGGCUGCAACAUCGGCAGCUUUCAGUGGUCUUGCCCGGCUUACAAAGGUGGCCGAACGUGGCCGCAGGUCGGGGUUAUGAUGGACAAGAUGAGCGACCUCGUCAGUGGAGCGGUGGCCUUCGAGUUUUCGAUGGAGAACAACGAGUUCGGGUUGGUGCUGACGCCCGGAUUCCUUCAAGGGCAAGACACGGUCAAGCUUACCGACAGUUACUAUGCCCUGCAGAAGGAGUUCGAAUCCCACACAGCCAAGAGUUUCGCGCACCCAACCCGAUCGGCGCCUUCUCACUGCAUCUCUCGAGACAUGGCCGAUCAAAUGCAGCGGCGACACCAUGUGAACCAGAUCUCCGAUUGGUCGCAGCUUCCUCCCACACCCAUCAUGCCGGAGACCGUGUACCCAUGA